UGUUGAUUUGCAGAUCAAAGAAGAUAAAAUGGAGGACAAGAAAUUAACUUUUAUUAUGUAUCCAUGGUAUGCCAUGGGGCAUCUUACUUCAUUUCUUCAUCUAUCCAACAAACUUGCACAUAGAGGCCACAAAAUUUUCUUUGUCCAUCCUACAAACACACUUUCCAAAUUAGAAAAAUUCAAUCGUUAUCCUGAACUCAUAAACUUCAAAUCCGUCACAGUUCCACAUGUUGAUGGACUCCCACUUGGAGCUGAAACAACUUCAGAUGUUCCUAUUUUCAAUCAGAAUCUUCUUUGUCAAGCAUUGGAUCUUACAUUACCAAAGAUUGAGUCUUUAAUUCAAGAAAUCAAACCCCAUUUCAUUUUCUAUGAUUUUGCUUAUUGGGUUCCAUCCAUUGCUCGAAAAUACAAAGUUAAGUCUGUGCAUUACUGUUCUAUUACUCCAUCAUCUGUUGGUUAUCUUAUGCGUGGCGAAAAUCCAUCUUCAGAAGCUGAAAUGAUGGAACCUCCACCUGGUUUUCCUAUUGAUUCAUCAAUCAAACUCCACAAACAUGAAGCUCGUUUAAUCGUAGCUCUACAUUCGAUGGGUUCUGGUUCUGGCUCUGGCUCUGUUUCGUUCACUCAACGUUUGCUUUUGGCUUUUCAAGACGGGGAUGCCAUUGCAUUCAAAACUACUCGAGAAAUAGAAGGACCUUCUUGUGAAUUUGUUGAGCAUAAGUUCAAUAAACCAGUUGUGUUAGCCGGGCCAGUCUUGCCCGAACCAAUAGAGAGUUCAAAUACAGAGGAAAAUUGGUCAAAAUGGCUCGAAAAAUUCAAAGAAAAGACGGUUAUUUUGUGUGCAUUUGGUAGUGAAUGUAAUCUUAAGAAAGAUCAAUUUCAAGAACUGGUUUUGGGACUUGAACUUACUGGUUAUCCAUUUUUCGCUGCUUUAAAACCGCCUAUUGAAGUUGAGACAAUCAAAGAGGCAUUACCGGAAGGUUUCAAAGAGAGAACACAAGGGAAAGGCAUUGUUCAUUCAGGAUGGGCAGAGCAACAAUUGAUGUUAUCUCAUCCUUCUGUUGGAUGUUUUGUCACUCAUUGUGGCGGGAACUCGUUAUCGGAGGCGAUGAUUAAUGAGUGUCAAUUGGUUUUAGUACCAAAUUUUGGUGAUCAAUUCAUAAAUUCAAGAUUGUUUGGUGGAGACUUGAAAGCUGGAGUGGAAGUUGAGAGAAAUGAAGAAAAUGGAUCUUUCACUAAAGAUGGAGUUUGUAAGGCAAUCAAAAUGGUAAUGAAUGAUGAGAGUGAAGAGGGGCGUAAAAUAAGAGCGAAUCGCGCAAAGUGGAGAGAGUUCUUGUUGGGUAAAGGGCUUGAAGAUUCUUACAUUGAUGCUCUUGUGCAGAAGCUACAAUGUCUACUCUGAUUGCAAGAGACUGUUUCCACAACUCGAACAUGUAAGACUGUAGCCUCCUAGUAGUUUGUUGAGUAAAGGACUUGAGGAUUCUUACAUUGAUGCUCUUGUACAGAAGCUACAAUGUCUACCGUGACUGUUUCCACAGCUCGAACCUGUAAGUCUAUAGCAUUUUAGUAGCCACGUGACAACAACUUUAUAAGUUACACGAGAGCAUUAAUAUGUUAACUACAUAAAAAUGCUUUUAUGUUUCUUUCAUUAAG